CAAUCUUCUCAUCCCACCGCUCGGAGUCACCACCUCCUCCCGUCCUCACAACUCUCUCUCUCUCUCUCUAAAGCGCGUGCUCUCUCUCUCUAGGGUUUCAUUUCGCAAUGGCUGGGACCGGCGUGGUGGCGGUGUACGGAAAUGGCUCGGCCCUCACGGAGGCGAAGAAGUCGACCUUCUCUGUCAAGGUCGGCCUCGCCCAGAUGCUUCGCGGCGGCGUCAUCAUGGACGUCGUCACCCCCGAGCAGGCUCGUAUCGCCGAGGAGGCCGGCGCCUGCGCCGUCAUGGCCCUGGAGCGCGUCCCCGCCGACAUCCGCGCCCAGGGUGGCGUCGCCCGCAUGAGUGACCCUCAACUCAUCAAGGAGAUCAAGCAGUCCGUCACCAUCCCCGUCAUGGCUAAGGCCAGGAUCGGCCACUUCGUGGAGGCGCAGAUCCUUGAGGCCCUCGGCAUCGAUUAUGUGGACGAGAGCGAGGUCCUGACUCUCGCCGACGAAGAGAACCACAUCAACAAGCACAACUUCCGGAUCCCCUUCGUCUGUGGGUGCCGGAACCUUGGGGAGGCUCUGAGGAGGAUCCGGGAGGGGGCGGCGAUGAUCCGCACCAAGGGUGAGGCCGGCACCGGUAACAUCAUUGAGGCGGUGAGGCACGUGAGGUCGGUCAUGGGGGACAUCAGGGUCCUCAGGAACAUGGACGACGACGAGGUGUUCACCUUCGCGAAGAAGAUUGCCGCCCCAUACGACCUCGUGAUGCAGACCAAGCAGCUCGGGCGGCUGCCAGUGGUGCAGUUUGCCGCAGGAGGGGUGGCGACGCCCGCGGAUGCCGCCCUGAUGAUGCAGCUGGGCUGUGACGGUGUCUUCGUUGGGUCAGGGGUCUUCAAGAGCGGGGACCCAGUCAAGAGGGCCCGUGCGAUCGUGCAGGCGGUCACCCACUACAGCGACCCACAGGUGCUCGCGGAUGUGAGUUGCGGGCUUGGGGAGGCCAUGGUGGGGCUCAACCUGACAGAUGAUAAGGUGGAGAGAUUCGCUAGUCGGUCGGAGUAGAGGAAAAGGCCUUUCUGCCCCCAUUCUGCUCCGUUCCAUCCCUGCCCGAUGGCGUCAAAUUCAUUAUUCGGGCCGUAGAAGAUUGUGUCGGGGUUAAGAGCUUUCACAAAACUAGAAAGGUGGUGGUUAUUCUUCUUAGGAGUAUGUUUCUGCUCUGUUGUCUGUUGCUUUGAAAGGGGAUUUGGGGGGAAUUAAUGUUUUUGGAUUGUGAUUUAUUAGCAGCUUAGUGUCAGAAAUGAACAACAGUGAUCAAUUGAAUAAUUAGUGAUUGAUAUGAAAUGGAUUUUCUUUUUAUCUUGUUAA